CCCAAGGCACUUUGAACCGGGAGGAAGUCCAAGAAACGUCAUUUCUCUACCACAGUGCUCGCUAUUGGUUUGUAUAUACCAAAUCUGUUGAGGAUACGGCCCCCACACUAAUCUCCGACGCGGCGGUGCAGGUUCUCGAGCUUGGCCGGGACUGGUUAGAUGUAUAUGACCCCGAUCCUCGUAACCGAUAUGUACCCCCGGAUUCCGGUGUUUACCCGCCAGCUAUCUACUAUUCUUCCUUGUUAAAUUUGGUGACAGUCUGUGAAUUGCUACUCGGUAGAAAGGAGGAUACGGUAAACGUGAAUUCUCCGGGUGGCUCUUAUGGCAAUGCACUACAAGCCGCUGCACAUAUGGGAAACGAAUCGGUUGUACGGCUUCUCCUCGUGCAUAGGG